AUGUCCGCUUUCGCCCACCUCCCCCGGCGCCUUACCAAGCUGUACGCCGACACCAAGCAGGACAUCAAUGACGAGCAGGCCAAGCUGGAGAACGUGCCCGAGCUGAACGCCCUCCAUCGCCGCUUCCGCAUCCAGCGAGAUCGCCUCAUCGCAUGGGGUCUUGAAUGGAGCGACAACAGCUCCGCCGCAUCCCAAGGCAGCAUCGAUGAGUCUGUUGCCCAGGCUGGCCUGACCGAAACUGUCACGAGCGUUCUCGGCACCAUCCAGGACAUCCUUGACGAGGCCGACCGCAUCAGAGAUGCAGGCGGCCAGAGUCCUUCCGACACAAAGAAGCCGUCUAGUCCGAGCAGCUGGACACCUGCCGACAAAUCCCGCUACGAAGACCUAGCUCGAGAUCUCACUACUUCCAUCGAUACCCUUUAUGACCUUUCCAGAGCAAGGAGGAUCUCGGCCGUUGGAACCCCUUCCCGGGACACCAAACCACAUCUGGCCAAAUCCGAGUCUCUUCCCUCCACUCCCUUCAAAACCCCUUUCUUGGAUGACGACUACACCCAGUCCUCCCUCACUCUCGUGAGCCCUCCGACAGUCUCUGCUUCAUCAACCAUCGAGACAGAGUCUGUUCCUAAGAUUGACCCGUCAUGCCUCAUUCUCCCUGAAGAAGAACCCCCGCCAUACGAGAGCAUAGGAGUCCCGUCGUGUACCCGUCUGAUCGGCCAUUUCCGUCGGAGCCAGUCCUCGACCAACCCCUGGAGAUUUGAGUCCGGAGACGUUGUGACAAUUCCUGUCCUCAUCGAGUAUGCGGGCUUUGAUCCAGUCUAUCGGAUGAACGAACUCUCACCACCUUUGGAACGUGUCGAGAACCUACUUGAUGUCUUUGCCCGAGGCGUUGGCCGCUUUGGCGAGGGUUCCGACGCCCCUGCCUUUGGCACUCUCAAAUGCGUGGGCUACUUCGAGGACCUUAGUCAGCCUCGAUUUGGAUUCGUUUUUGAACUUCCAGGCUUCGUGUACGGUGGCAUAACUCGGGCAUUGCGACCUGCCGAAUUCCAAGCAAUGCGCCCCGUCACCCUGUUGAGUGUGUUGCAGUCCAGCGCAAAGAACAACGUUGCAGUACCCAAUAUUCCUGCUCUGGAAAAACGGUUCCGCAUAGCCCUGAAUCUGGUGCUGUCCUUCAGCAAGCUCCACGCCAGCGGCUUCGUCCACAAAGAUGUCAACAGCAGUAACAUUCUUCUCUUCCGCAAGCCGAAGGAGCCGGGCCACAGUUCCAAGCAUCCGCAGUACGAGCUGCAGUCACCUUAUGUUUGCUCCUUCGAUCUCUUUUCGGAAUUCAACGUCGAGGUACAGUCGACUGGUUCCAACAUUUACCGUCAUCCUCACGACCCCAGAGCACAGACACCAUCACAGUCAGCUUAUGCUCCACACUUUGACAUGUAUGGGCUUGCCCUUAUCCUGCUUGAGAUUGGCUUGUGGAUCCCCCUUUUGGACAUCUUUAAAGCCAAAUAUACCCUCGCGGAUUUCAAGCUUCGCCUCGAAGAUAUCUGGAUCAGGAGAUUAGCUGGCAAAUGCGGCACAGCCUACAUGCAGGCGGUGCGAGAAUGCUUUUCGGCUGCAGACCGACACCUUUCGAGCACAGACACCAAGGUGGUCUAUGACCGCGUAUUGGGACGACUCCACAGAUGCACUCUCCUGGAUGAUGCAGACCCCUAUCCGUACGAUUUGGGGCACCAUUUGACAACUAGCCCUUCUCCUAGCCCAAGCCUCCUGAAGCGCGCGCACGACCAAGGCCUGGGCAUGAAGCGAGCGAAGCUCCAAAAACGGAACGUUGCAGAGUUCACCGAGCGUUUUCCUCAUGAGCACAGCAAACCGUUACUCGCCCACGGAGAGGCUGUGGAGGGCAAUCCUGAGCUCACUGCAUUCUUGUCUCUGUCUCGCUCUCCCGAGUCAGGCUUAAGAGGUGGUGGGGAGGAUCUCGCUCCCGAGCGCCACAAGCAUGGCCACGACAUUCGUUCCCACUCGCGGGAAGCGCUAGCGCCUGUAGACGCUGCAAAAAUCAUUCAACGAGCUUGGCGAAGAUCUCACGGCAAGAUGACUUUCAGAGAAUACAGGAAGAGAGUCGCCAUAAUCCAAACCAAGUGGCGGGAAAAGAAGGCUCGGUUGACAUCUGCAUCUCAAGAGGAGCAACCGCCGAUGCUGCAUCGAGCCGUGACCGACAGCUACCCGGCUCCUGCUAUGGACAUCACCAUCGAUGAGAUCAACGUGCAGACAUCCAUAAAAUUGAAGCAACAAAAGUCUGCAGCAAAACGAAAGCUACUGGUACAGCCGCUUUGGAGACCUACACCAAGCAUCGCAGCUGAGUGGGACCAGACCAUCCUUCCACGACUAAUGCGCAUAUGUGAGAGGGUACUCCGCGACUCUCCAGAGAGCUCCAGCAUUGAUCUCUUUGGCAUUGGCCCGUCUCCUUCAGACGCAAAAGCUACCAUAGUCGUCACCUGUGCCAGCACGGCAAAGGUGAAGGCCGCAUUGGCGAAGAAGUUUAGCUACGAUCGUGCUGCCUUCGAUCUUAAAGUCCACAAAGGAAAGAUCAAGCGCUCCAAAUUGACGAGAUCCACUAGGAGGCGGAGAGCACCGUAUCGAUCUAUGAUGGAUGAGGAUGACGAGAUACCGGCGCUGAACGGAUGUUUUCAGCAACGCCCAGUGUGCGGUGCAUCCAUCGGGGCGUAUAAUGGGGAACACCUGCCACCCGUAUCGUAUGGAGGAGUCGUGCUGGUCGAUGGAGAGCCGUUCGGAAUGAGUGUUCACCACAUGUUGGACACUCCAAGUGAAGACGAGAGUGAGUAUGGCGACGAAUACUCAGAUGUGGAAAGUGAAGAUGUUCUGCGAUCGAGUGCGAAGGCUCCCAACUACAAUUGGACCUCGCAGAUAGGCUCGCAGCCUCUGUUGCAUGAUUUGCCGGACAUUCCGCAAGCGUUUGAAAUCUCAGACGACGAAGAUUUCGACGAUGGCGCCAGCAGCUAUGCCUACGACUCUGCUGAUGAAGACUUUUCCGACUCGGAGAGUGAAGCGACAUCAUCCGAACCCGGCGACAUCCCAGGCAUCGAGGCGGGCGACGGUGAAGAGAUUCUCAUUACUCAGCCCGCCAUCGACGACGUCGAGGACGACUUCUUCCCUUGUGAAGAAGACCGUGACGAAGACCAUCUCGACUCACACGAGUUGGGGCACGUCCAUGCCUCGUCUGGGAUUCGGCGCUGGAACCGGGAUGGUGUGGUUCAUGAGAUCGACUGGUCUUUGCUCAAGUUGAAGGAUGAACGGCUGCAGCCGUACAAUCUCAUCCAAGGAGGGAAGAGAUACUGCGUGCAGCCGGCGAAGCUAUGCCCAAAGCUGGUGGACCCUGUGGACAGGCGACAUUCCACGCCAGAGGAAGACGAAUAUCCAAGUCAAGUUGCUAAGGCAGAAGACCUGGGUAGCCUUCAAGUUCACAGUCUCGGACGGACAAGUGGUCUGAAAGGCGGCAUCAUUAGCCAUACAAUGACCGCGGUCAAGAUCCAUGGUCGCAAGUCUUAUGCCCGAAGCUGGCAUGUCAGCGGAGGAUUAGGUGUCGGCGGUGAUUCGGGCGCUUGGGUCAUUGACAAUGAGCAUGGCCGCAUCUGUGGCCAUGUCCUUGCGUGGUGCGACAGGAACCACGUGGCAUACAUCUGCCCCAUGCAGGUCCUUUUGGAAGACAUCAAACGUACGUUGGGAGCGAAAAAAGUCCUUUUGCCCGGCCAGCAGGAGGAGAAUGCAGAGUCGUUCACGUCGCAGGCCAAGGGAGGGUUCGACCUUCCCGACAUCAAACAACUCAGCAUUGGCGAUGUGGAUGGGGGGAUCAGGAGUCGGUUCAUGCAGAACCCCAGCAAGAUUGAGGUCGUGCGGGGGAGGGCCGGCCAGAUGGCUUGA